AUGUCGACAAUUGCCGCUCUGGAUACUAACGAUAGCUCACCUUGCUGUUUGCUAGCUACGCUCAUCAAGGCCUUCUCGCUUCAAUCUUGUCUUGAGCGCCGGUAUCCUCCUUGGUACGUCGUCUUUUUCUCCCCGAAGCACCGGGUGCUUAACGUCUACAAGUACAUGCCGCAAUGCUUCUGCCUCUUCAAGAAAUGCAACGGGGCCGACAUACCCCGCCAGCGCAAGGCCGAACAUGCUAGGCAAGAUGUCAUACGCGGACGCCGGUCUGCAGCCGUCGCCCAGAACCCCGUACUUGCGACUUCUACCCCAACACCCAAUCCACCCCCAGCUGCCCACUUUUCCGACGCAUUGAGUGCCGACCCACCCCCGCUCACCAACGAUCUAUACGGGACACCCGAAUUGGCGGCGCAAGACGACAACAUUGCACCAAUGAGCACGGCACAGUCGUGUAUGGCCAGCAGCAUUGCAGAACGCGACAGAGCAGAAGAAGCAGGAGAGGCAUACGUGCGAGCGAUGCGUACGAGUUCUAGCGCACCGCGCCCAGAAGAUGAUAUCGGCGAUCCUGACGCAGACGACGACGACAUGGAGGACAACGAACCUUCACCGUCCGCCUCCCGCCCGCCCUUCCCGCCUCCCCUCUCUACCCCGUCGUCUGCGCCCACCAGCACCUUAGUAACGAGUGCAGCACGACCAACUGCAGAUCCGCGGUAUCCGGGCGAGAAUGAUCCGGAUCCUUUCGUGCGCACAGCCCGUGCACAGCCACGGCGAAGAGGACAACUUGCGACAGGAGUCGCAUCGAAGGCCAUUCACCCUGGUGUAUAUCUGCUCUAUCUUCUUGUUGCUUGGCUGCACGCGCAGUGCAAGCUCGCUUUUGUUGCUUGCGACACCGUCCUGCGCGUCGUGGGUCAGAUCAUCGCCGCAUUUGCACCGGGUUGGAGUACAGGGCAACCUCCAGUCUUAGGAUCGCUGAAGUCAGUCAUGGAAAACUUGGGCGUCGAACCUGACUUCCAAGUACUACCCACUUGUCCAUUCUGCCUCGAGGUUUAUCCUUCCUCGCGCUAUACAUCUCCCAACGCGCCUUGCGACCGCUGCCACGAACCCGUCUUCCGAUCAAUACGUAGCCUCAACCGCCGGCUUCGGCCAGGUGCACGCCUCAUCGUGCCGAGCCUGCAAUUUCCUAUGAAAAGCAUUGAAGAUCAGCUUCGCGAUAUCAUUGCUGUACCCGGUGUCGAGGAUACGCUGGAUGGCUGGCGCCAACUUGCACAUAUCCCCGGCGAAUAUCGCCGUAUCUUCGAUGGCCGCAUCAUCCGCUCAGAGCUCAAGGCUGCGAAUGGUCGCCUAUUCUUUGAGAACCCUCUGCCGGUACAGACCGGUGUCGCCCCAGAGUUGCGUAUUGGAUUGUCUAUGGGAGUCGACUGGUUUUCGUACCUCCGAAGCCUUAUCUCUCCGUCACAUUCGUCAGGGCCAAUGUCGUUCAGUAUCAUUAACCUCCCUGCGCAUCUGAAGUUUCGCGUGAUGAACAUGAUACUUGUGGGUAUCUUGCCGGGUCCGAAAGAACAGGACUUCGAUCAAGUGCAGCGCUUUAUGCGCCCAGUGGUGAAUGAGCUUCUCCGUUUAUGGGAGCAAGGUUUUGUGAUGAGCACGAAGCGCUACCCGCAAGGCCGGCGCAUACGCGUCAUCCUUGUCUGUGUCGUGUGUGACAAGCCUGCCGCCCAUAAGCUCGGUGGGUUUGGCUCCCACAGCCACACCUUCUACUGUACGCGUUGCUGGAUCAAGAAGUCAGACAAGGCAACCGCCAAGGCAUUCGAGAAGGGUGCCUUUGCACCUCGGACACCUGAGGAGCAACUGGAGUACGCGAAGCAGUACGCGUCAUGUGCGAGCCAAACAGAGCGCGACACGUUCGUCCGGGCGUAUGCCAGCAGAUGGUGCGAGUUAGCGCGUCUGCCGUACUUCGAUGUAUGCCGUAUGAUUGUCGUCGAUCCGAUGCACAAUCUUCUCCUGGGGCUAGUUAAGACGCACUUCUACCACAUCUGGGUCAAGCUCAAGGUGCUUCGAAAGAAGAAGGAACUUCGCCGCUUUCACUCCAUUCUGGCGCAGCUGAGCAUACCAUCGUAUCUGGGUCGAGUUCCCUCGCUCAUGGGCGAGCCGGCUGGUGGCUCGUUGACGGCGGACCAAUGGUUGAUUGCAGCUACCCUGGUUUGCCCUUUUGCUAUCCCCCAAAUUUGGGACGAGUAUGGCGAGGGAGAUGCAGAGGUAAUACGCCUGCGCCGGAUCGGUAACUUCAAAGAGCUAGCCGAGAAGCGCAAACGCGAGCGUGCAGCUGCAAAGGAACAAGCCGCCAAUAAUGUGCGACGAAGCAGUCGAAAACGCCGUCGCACGGAAAGAGCGCAGUAUCGCGAAGAGCCUGACGAGGACGAGGAGGUCCGGCCGGACGCUGGCGCUGUCGAGGAAGAACAGGAUAUCUUUGCUGAGCCUGACGACGAAGACGAAGAGGCUAUAGCGCGCGCCCCGCCCAAUUUGCAUCCCGACGACCCCGCCAAUAUGGCGAAGCUCUCUCGUUUCCUGCGUAUCGUUCUCGCAAAAUCUCUGAACGAUGCCGAAAUCAACACCGCCGAUACUUUAAUCAGGGAGUAUUGUACUGAGCUCAUAUACCUGUAUGGCCCCGAUGUUAUCAAGCCAAAUCAUCACUAUGCUACCGAUGUUCCCGACUGCAUUCGUGACUUCGGCCCGCUACACGAGUUCUGGACGUUCCUCUUCGAACGCAUCAAUAAGGUCUUGAAGAGCUACAACAGCGCAAACCACUCGGGCGGUGAACUCGAGGUGUCCUUCUUCCGCGAGUUCCAUCGCACCAUCCAGUUGUCCCGUGAACUCGCCGCUGCGUCCGCAACUGGCAAUAUUCAUGUCCAGACCAGCAUCGAGGCUAUGUACAAGUCUUCCGCAGACGAUCGCGGAACCGUCCAGGCCCUUGCACGAGAAGUAGACGAAGCACAUGCAGACGGUGGAGUCCUUUAUGAGCUCUCGUCUCGCUGCACGCAGACGAGGAUGCAAGAUACCCUCUAUCUCGCCGUCCUCGGCUAUCUGCGACUACGACUUCCCUCGAUCGCACUUCAGUCGUGGCUGUCACCAGCUGACGGUAUCCCCCUUUUGCCCGAAGCAAUGUUCUUCGACUAUGUCGUGUUAUCUUCGCGUCGUUUCUGGGCCUCGUCACGCACAAAUAAUGUCGGAAACACGCUCAUUGCAGUCCGCAAAGAAGGCGGAUAUGCUGUGGGCGAGUUACAGGCCAUCAUCGGGAUAGCGCAAGCUGGUGUACCCGUUCAACGGCUUGGGUAUGUCAACUGGUUGGUUUCCCAGGAUGUAUCCAUUGCGCCUACCAGCGCUUGGAACAGCAGCAUAUCACUGGGCGUCUUCUUCUGGAGGUUCGGGGAACGCAGCACAACAUCAGAGUUGAUAGUUCUCGAGGAUAUCGUCAGCCAUGUUGUGCUUUCUGAGGCGGUCGUUGCCGGUCGCAAGUGCUGGGCAACAAUCAUGCCGCAUUCAUCGCCAUCGUAA